AUGGCGCACAGCGCAGCCGACCUGGGGGGCCGCAGCUAUCGCCGCUGCUCGGGCGGUGAAAGCGGAGCCCUCCGCGUGCCGGGCCAGGCACUAGCCCGGACAGCCCCCUGCGACCACCAGCCUCAGGUCCAGGAGAGACUCCGGAAACUCACACUCUCCCGCACACCCGGAAAGCGUGGCGGCAGGAGAGUAGCAAACCUCGAGCCUCAAACCCUCCUGAAGAGGCAGCCAGGCCACCCCAUCACAGCUAGCAGCUGCCAGAACAGGGCCGCGGCCCCCAGUCCAGGCCACCUUCAGUGCUGGGUGAUCCAGCCCAGCAAGACCCCCCCACCUCUUCGGGAUCCAUUUUCCUGGGAGCAGUGCUUUGGCGGCUCCAAGACGCUGUCGCUGCACGGCGGCGCCAAGAAAGGCAGCGACCCCGGGGGCGCCCUGGAUGGAGCGCUCAAGGCCCGCGGCUUGGGCGGCGGCGAUCUGUCGGUGAGCUCAGACUCGGACAGCUCGCAGGCUGGCGCCAACCUGGGCGCACAGCCCAUGCUCUGGCCCGCCUGGGUCUACUGCACGCGCUACUCCGACCGGCCUUCUUCAGGUCCCCGGUCUCGAAAACCAAAGAAGAAGAACCCCAACAAAGAGGACAAGCGGCCUCGCACGGCCUUCACCGCGGAGCAGCUGCAGAGGCUCAAGGCGGAGUUCCAGACCAACAGGUACCUGACCGAGCAGCGGCGACAGAGCCUGGCGCAGGAGCUCAGCCUCAACGAGUCGCAGAUCAAGAUCUGGUUCCAGAACAAGCGCGCCAAGAUCAAGAAAGCCGCGGGCAGCAAGAACUCGCUGGCGGUGCACCUGAUGGCGCAGGGCCUCUACAACCACUCCACCACCAGCAAGGAGGGCAAGUCGGACAGCGAGUAGGUGCAGAGCACCGAUGUCACCCGGCCCAGGGCCAGGGCACACAGGACACCAGCAUUCCUAGUGGGAGUGGCGUGUGUUAGCUACGGUUCCGCAAUACUCUACGUGUAUAUAACUUACAGUUGGUGUAAAAUCCCAAAUCUCUGCUCUGACUAUAAAGUAUUUUUGAGUUUUUUGUGUUAAUGAGAUUAUGCUAAUUUUAUGAUUUUUUUUGCAAAGGGGUCUGCUUAGGGUUUCACUUUUUUUAAUCCUCUAAGCUCCAUUAUGGGACAUCGGACACUUUUUUUUUAUUAUUUCAAAAGAAGAAAAAUUAAACAACUUGCUGAAGUCCAAAGAUUUUUAUUGCUGCAUUUCACACGACUGUGAAGCGAAUGAAUAGCUCCUAUCUGGUCUAUGAGUUCUGACACGCUGUCUGUGCUGGCCUGGGGAGGACAGCAGAGGAGGCCUGUACCCACUAGCCCGGGCCUGCCACCCCAGGCCAUCUGGGCCUUCAGGAGCACGGGGACCUGGCAGGUAGGAGGGACCUGCCAGGGUCCUGGACAAACUCUGAGGCAUAGCUGUGGGGAAUGGCCUGCCCUGGGACAUCUCCUGUAGUCUCUUGGCCCAGGCCUCUCUUCUGUUCUCCUCCUGCCCUCCUGCCUUCUCCCUCCCUUGUCCUCCUAGCUAAGGCCCAUGCAUCUCUGUGAGUACUUCUGUCCACGUCUGUUCGCUGUCCCCUGACCCCACUGCAGCCUCACUGUGAGCUAUCAGCAUCAGUCUUCCUGCCCUGGGCACCACCUCUGUGCAUAGUGCCCUCUGAGGGUCCAGGUCCAGUGUGACCUAAAGCCCAAAGCAGGAGGAAACACGCUCCCUGUUCCAGGUCGCACAGGGCAACUUUCUUAGCUCCAUCAUCCAGCCAGGAGCCAGCUCCAGC